AUGGUUUAUUACGGCAAGAUUAGCCUGGGCUGUCAACGCUGCCGUCAGCGAAAAGUCAAGUGUGACCAGCGGAGACCAGGCUGUGUGAAAUGCGAAAAUUUAGCCACGAAAUGCCCAGGUUACCGCAACUUAACCGAGAUCUUAUUCCGUGAUGAAUCGGAGAGAAUCAUCCGCAAGGCUCACCGGAAACAUCACCGGCCUAAUAUUCCUGCUUCUCAUCCGAGAGCCUUGUUGUUAUCCGGCAAUCAUACUCCGUCCAUAUUUGCCCCACUUUCACUCUCUAUAAGCGAUCUCGGGGCUAGUUUCUUUUUCACAAAGUACCUGCCUAGAGAAACAGUCGUUUCUAGGAACUUUCAUGAUUGGCUUAGCGGGGUAUAUUCCUCCAAAGACUCAAAUUAUGCACUACAUGCUAUAAUCCAGGCAGUUGGUAUCGCGGGCCUCUUUAAUGUUUCACCGUCCCAGGUGAAGACAGUGGAAUCUCAGAAAUUAUAUUCUCAGGCUGUAUCCGCUUUGCAGAGACUAUUCAACGACCCGGUCCAUGCUACUUCGGACGCUACACUCACGGCUGUGAUUCUGCUUGCUCUUUAUGAGAUUGUCACUUUUCAAACACGAGAGGAUCAGGGCUCUCUACCUUUAACAUCAAUGUCUUUAACGCACAUCGAAGGAGCCAUUGCUAUUUUGGAAUCCCGGGGCCAGGAACAAUUUACUUAUGAGCGUGGUGGUCACCUGCUUGGACAAGUAUCUACGAGGAUGGUAUGUCUAAACAACCCUAUGACCAUGGAUAACAUACUAAACCGCGCUAACCCGAUCCAGCUCCCUAUGUGUCUACAUCACGGCAUUGCCGUCCCUCCAGCUCUCGUUCAAGCGACAUACAAUUUCCACACAAGCCCUCUAUGGUCUCAUAGGUCUUCCCACCCAGGCUCCCUAACUGAAAUAGCUUUCCGUUUAGUAAAUCUACACGCAGCGAUCCAAAGCGGGUAUAUGACACAGCCACUGAUCCGCAGCGAGGCACUCGAAAUCGAUCAUGACCUCGAGCUAUGGAGAGAAGGUGUCCCGCCAGGAUGGAGAUAUACGAUAAACUACAACAAGGGAGAUCGAAAUAUUAAUACCUGUCUUGACGGGAAAUUUCAUGUCUAUGCUAGCCACAGGAUAGCGGAGACGUGGAAUAGUUGGCGGAGCCAGAGGAUAGCUAUUAACCAGAUCAUUGUGAGGAAUGAGCUUUCAUCUGGUCCCGAGACUGCAUAUGUUGCUGCAAUUUCGGCUAUUCGACGGUUUUCAGAGGACAUUUGCUUGUCGAUUGGGUAUUUGGUGGAUUCUCCUCGUAGCUUCUCGCUCGUUCAACCACUGUACGUUAUCUCGAUCGAGGAACUGAAUUCGUCUGGACUGCGUCUUCUUGCCAUUUCCGAGCUGCGUCGCAUGAGCACUUCUAUGGGAAUUCGACAGGCUGGACUGCUGGCCGAGAACUCUUCGAAAAGAAUUGGCUUAUUGGGGUGA